CCAGAGCCGCGCGGGAAUGGUCGCUGGGCGGGCUGGGGGUUGGACCGCUGCGAGCAAAACACGGCAAAAGACUUUUAAAUGUCCGCCAUGUUGGCCAUGGCGCACUGAGCCAACGCUAGGGAGCGGAGCGCCGGAAAGAAACAGUCCGAGAGAGAGCGACCGAGAUCCGGGCCUUCCCCCGGGCUCCGCUGGCGACGCCCUACAUACAAGCUACAAGCAUUCGAACGUCAGAGUAGCGAUUAACCGCACAGAAUCAUCCAUGAAAGCUUCACUCGUCACCGCGGUGGAUAUUAGGACAUCUUGUAGACAUCUUUUGCGGGCGGACUUGUGAAAACAAAAUGAGUAAAUUGUCGUUUCGGGCGCGGGCGCUGGACGCUACCAAGCCGCUGCCCGUCUUCCGCUGUGAGGAUUUACCCGACCUGCACGAAUAUGCGUCCAUUAACCGGGCAGUGCCGCAGAUGCCGACCGGGAUGGAGAAAGAAGAGGAAUCGGAACACCAUUUACAACGGGCCAUCUCGGCACAGCAGGUCUACGGCGAAAAGAGGGACAAUAUGGUCAUCCCUGUCCCAGAGGCGGAGAGCAACAUCACCUACUACGACUCACUCUACCCUGGAGAUUACAAGAUGCCAAAGCAGCUCAUUCACCUACAGCCUUUCAGCCUGGACACGGAGCAGCCGGACUACGACCUGGACUCGGACGACGACGCCUUUAUCACCAAGUUAAAAAAGAAGAUGGAGAUCAGCCUCUUGCAGUUUGAGGAGAUGAUUGACCGGCUUGAGAAAGGCAGUGGACAGCAGCUGGUCAGUCUUCCGGAGGCCAAGCUGCUCCUCAAGGAGGAUGACGAGCUCAUCAAGGAGGUUUUUGACUACUGGAGCCGCAAAAGGAAAAACAGCAAAGCCCUCUCGCUCAUCAACAUCAUCAAGCAGGAGAAGCGGGACGGCUCGAGCACCAGCGACCCCUAUGUGGCCUUUCGACGGCGCACAGAAAAGAUGCAAACCAGGAAGAACCGUAAGAAUGACGAGGCGUCAUACGAGAAGAUGCUGAAACUCAGGAGGGAUCUGAGCCGAGCCGUCACCAUCCUGGAGAUGAUCAAAAGGAGGGAAAAGAGCAAGAGAGAGCUGCUGCACCUCACGCUGGAGGUCUUUGAGAAGAGAAAUGUAAUGUCAGACUAUGGUGGAGAGAUUUUAGCUGAGGUUCUGGCCGAGCGGGCUCUCGUGAGGCCACAGAUUAUUCCUCUGGUACCGCUCACCAACCAGUACCAUCACAUGGACCAUAAGGAGUACAAGUCUAAGCCCGAUAAGACUGAAGUUCCUCGUCAGAAGAGGAAAUACGAGAAGAAGCUGAAGGUUUUGGCUCAGUCAGCCGGCGCCUCACACUACCAGGGUCCAGCUGUGUUUAAUGCCAAGGACCUCAACCAGUAUGACUUCCCCAGCUCGGAUGAAGAGCCACUGUCCCAGCUCCAUUCUGGCUCAUCAGAAGCUGAGGAAGAGAACGACCCGGAUGGCGCGUACGCCUUUCGCAGGAAGCCGGGCUGUCAGUACUAUGCUGCCCCUCAGGAUCGAGUGGGCAGCUGGCCCUGGUCGGCUGGCUGGGAUGGUGGCCCGGCAGGAGCCCGAUACCGCUACAGUCUCACGACGCUUACGGUGCCACGGCGCUGCCAAGGUCUGGCCCGGCGACGCGUGGGUCGAGGGGGCAGGGUCUUACUGGACCGAGCGUACUCGGACUUUGAUGUUUUCCAUGAACUGGACCCCGAUAUGCUGGACCCGCCCCUUCCAACGAGUUCGUGCUCGCCGGCUGCCAGCAAGUUUGCCAUUACCUCAGAAACAAAUACCUCAGACAGAAGUUCCUCCCCAUCCUCCCCCUCUUUGCACACGGACCUCAGUCGGAUUCUUAUGAACAUAAAGUCGUGCCGAUGGCGGCACUUCAGACCGCGGACACUUCCACUACACGAGCUGGACAACGCCCAUCCUCUCUUCCGCAGGCUGAGUCGAGGUGUAAAGCGCCCGCUCUCCACCACUAAUGUCGGACUUCCCUCCCAGCGCUCUGGACGGGUCGUCCCCCCUCCCCCACCCCCUGUUGCUUUCACAGCUGAGCAGUUCCAGCAGCACCAUGAUCAGCUGGUCCAGAUGCAGAAGGACCAGCUGGAGCAGAUCCAGCAGCAGCAAGCCAACAGGGCCACCACUGCCAACAGCACACAGGCCUCGACCAACAUGUUGGACCAGGCCAACGCUCAGUACGCUGCCUCGGCCCUCAUCACCGCCGAUCAAAUUUUGGCACUAAAAACAAAGGAAGAGCUCAGCCUGGGAGGCGGAGUCAAUGGCGUCCUCUCCCCCUCAGGUGUCUACAAGGGCUUGCACCUCUCUAGUACAGUCUCCCCUUCUGUUGCCGCUCCGGCCCCGCCCACAACUAUGUCCAGCGCCGCCUCGCUGCACCCGACCACCGCCACCAGCUCUGCACCCGCUAACAACAAUAAUGGCACCGCCCACCCUGUCAGCGCCACAACCACUAACGCCACUCAGGCCCCGCUGGGGAACAACAACAGCCUGCGUCUAGGCCUUUCCGUCGGCAAACGAGCCCACGCACCCCGAACGCUGAGCAGCGCCAUGUCGACAUCCGCCUUAAAGCUCGCGGCCGCAGCCACCGUCAACUGUCAGAAACCCAAGGUCACCGCCGCUUCUGCAUCGCCGCUUGACAUGGUGCCCAGGGACAACCAUGAGCAAGACAAGGCGCCCCUCAACAGUCUGUCAGAGAAUACAAUGGCCAUGGAGGUGACGUAGCCAGCGGACUCCAUUAUGUUUUUUUUAGGUGCUAUGCAUCGUCCGUUUGGCUUGAACGCGAGCGGCGGCUGACAGAGCGCGGUGAGGCUGUGUGUCCACAGUGACUGCUCCUGGAGCCAAUCAUGAUGCUCGUCUGGUGUAUACCCCCCCACCCUGCCCCAUUUCCAUAUUUGUUACUGUUAAUAAGAGAUUGUCUGUAAAUUCUUAAUAUGGCAAUUAUAUGUACAGUACUGAAUAUUUGUACCCCCUCCUUGUAUAUAACAUUACUUGAAUACAGAAUUGUUCAUUUGUGAUGUUUUGCACUCGACAUAUUGAAAAAAAAAAUCCAAAUUAAAGAGAACGAUAAACUGCAGCUGGUGCGACAAGUGUCAACGUGUCAUGGCGUGCGCGUGCGUGUGCACGGAGCCCGCUCCCUCGUCUAUUUAUUGUGCCGUGUUUACAAAGUCUGCAACGCCACGCCCACUUUUUGUUUGCCUGGCACCGCCCUCUCCCUCUUAUCCCGUCAUGCCCGUGUGUGAGUGCGCGUGCGCGGGUGUGCGACUCCGUGCACAGGCGGAAGGUGUGCGUCUCUCCACAAAGCUCUUCCACACAUCGUCAUAAAGAUUGUCUUUGCUGCUGCGUCCGAGCACUAUUGACGUGUGUCAUGUGACCAUGCUGCUUUUCUAUGAUUUCAACCUUUAGACACUCAUUGUUUUCUAAAAUAAAUAUUUUUGUACCUCCACUUUUUUUAUUUCGUUUCUUUUGACUUCUCCAUUCUUUUUGUUUGUUGCCGAUGGAUGACAUGGAUCAUUCCACUUUGGACAAAAGCGACCAUGUGUUAUUGACAAAAUGAAAUAAAAUCAUCCGGCAUUUGAAGCUCGGGAGGCGAGAGGGUGCCUUUCAUUCUGGGCAGCAGGACAAAACAAAGCAGAUCUUCUCUUCUGUGAAGAGUUUGGUACUGAACACGGCUACUUGUAGUUUUUCUUUCUUUUUAUGUCUUUGACCCCACUCCCCUCCUUCCGAGCCCACUCCAGCGGUCGCUUGUUGACUUGUCUGCUUGUGUGGACACGCUGAGGCAAAGUUGUCAAUGAAAUAAACAUCCAGGGCAUUAA